UCUUUUUGUUAUUAGUCAGCCUUGUUUUGAACAUUAGUUAUUUCUAUUGGCUAAUGUGUUGGCAUUUCAUUUAAAUGGACUCUAAUUCCAACAACUUUUCGAAAUAUGCGUUAAUAACGCGUGGAGCUGAACUUAUUACAUAUGCCAACGCUGCUAAUUCGGAAUACUCAACAGACACCCCAGAAUUGUUUCAACUUUUUGUAGAGGCUGGUACCUUUAUAAAGAUAUAUGAAACAAUUGAAGAUGAAAAGUGCAUUGUGCAAAUAGUUGACUUCCUUAGCAAUGUGAACACGCAGCUCUACGAAUGCAAAACAAGUGAUGUGCUGCCAGUGUCCGAAGAUUUUUGGCCAUAUGUGAUAAGUAUUGCCAAUCCGGGGCGUCGUUUGCGUCUGGUGCGCAAUAAGGACCAGUGCCGUUGGGUACUUAACUUGAAAGAGAAGGAUACCCUGAGUGUACCUGGCGAGUUGUUUAAAAAGGACAUACGAUUCGAUUGCAUUAUACGCUACAUUGGUCCAGUGGAGGAAUUGAAUCCCGUUGGUUAUUUCUUUGGACUGGAAAUUCUGCAACCCAACGUUUGUUCACCACAAAUCGACAGCAUUCCUUUUGCUAAAAACUAUUUGCAUUGCGAGGCUCCGCUAACAAUAUUUACCACAGCUGAUCGCAUAACUCGCGUUCCGGAUGAGCUAAGCAAUAAAUUAUCUCCUCGUAAAUUAAUCAACGAUACCUUUGACAAAAUCACAGCUAUUGUGCCAUCGGUUUUAAAUAUUCAAAGCAGGUAUCAAGGCGGAUAUAACAAACCGUUGUACAGUAAUGAUAGCGCGCCUAAAAGGCACAACAAACAUUAUAUUAAUAAUAAUGAGUUAUCUAAUAAUAACAACUACAGAACUUUACCUGUGAAAGUUUCAAAUCAGGCCAGUGAAAAGGAUGCUACACUUCAAAGUAAGAAUUCACAGCUUGAACAAAAUAUAAGCACUUUAAAUAAUCCGACCACAAUGAGUAAUCUCAAAGAAAAGGAAAUCAUUGUUAUAAACCAGAGCGACAUUGAAGAGUCAACCAAAAAUGAUAAUGUCAUUGUGAUCGACAAUGCUCACGAUAAUAAAAACGUGGAUUUGGCCGAUUUGUUGGGCACAAAUUGGCCGGCUAACGCUGGAGGAGCUGCUGGGAUUUUAAAUGGCAAAUCUCUUGACCACAAAUUUGAGAAACCAGUUUCGUAUCCUAAGAAAAAGGAAUUUGCCGAAAGAAUUAUUUCACCUAUCGAUCAGAAGCCUGUGGUGGGCAAUACUGAUCGAAGUAGCGCAAACUAUCAGGAAUUGCAUGAAAUACCCGGCACAAAACUAGUUGUUGGCUCAUUGGUCGAGGUGAUCGAUGCUGGAAUAUGUGCGGAUUUAUAUGGCGUCAUUCGUUGGAUCGGCAUUACCCCCGAUUCGCCACACAUUACGGUGGGAAUCGAAGUUGAAGAUGAUCCCAAUUUGCGCAAUUUGCACACAUCCGAUGGCACUUACAACGGCGUUCGUUUAUUUCAGUGCCGCGAGGGUGGCGCUGUCUUUGUGCCAUCAAACAAGUGCACCAACGAUCGCAGGUUUAUUGAAUCCGAGGGCAGCCAAGCGGCCAGCAUGAUGUCAACCGAUAGUAACGUCGUCAAGUUUGGGCAUGUUGAUUGCCCGACUGUUUUAGGCGCUAUCGCACCAUUAAGAAUACAUAAUAUGGAGGAACUUGAGGCAACGUGUGGCAAAUUUAAAGGCAUUCAAGGACAUCAUAAUUCCUGCUACUUGGAUGCAACAUUGUUUUCCAUGUUCACAUUUACAAGCGUUUUUGAUUCUAUACUGUAUAGACGACAAGGUCCUCAGGACAUUUCGCACUACAGUGAUGUGCAGAAUGUUUUGCGGGAUGAGAUUGUUAAUCCGUUGCGCAAGAAUGUCUUUGUGCGUGCCGAUCGAGUGAUGAAACUUCGUAAAUUAUUGGAUCAAUUGAGUUCCGUUAGUGGUUUGACCAGUGAGGAAAAGGAUCCCGAGGAGUUCUUAAACAGUUUAUUAUCGCAAAUAAUGCGGGUGGAGCCAUUCCUAAAAUUGAGCUCUGGCCAGGAUUCGUAUUUUUAUCAAUUGUUUGUGGAGAAAGAUGAGCGAUUGACAUUUCCGACAGUUCAGCAAUUGUUUGAGCAAAGCUUCCAUUCUUCCGACAUCAAACUAAAAGAAGUACCGUCGUGUCUGAUUAUACAAAUGCCUCGAUUUGGAAAGAGCUUCAAAAUGUAUCCACGUAUUUUGCCUUCGCAAGUACUGGACGUUACAAACAUCAUUGAAGAUUCCCCUCGUCAUUGUGCGGUUUGUGGAAAUCUUGCUGAAUUUGAAUGUCGCGAAUGUUUUGGCUGCUUACAGACCGACAGUGGUCUUGAGUCGACCGCUUUUUGCAAUCAAUGCGUUAACACUAUUCAUAAACAUGAAAAAAGAAUGAAACAUGUGUGGAAGGAGCUAUCCAUACCAAGGGAUUACAAAGCAAUGGUCAACCACAUCUCACAUGUGCCACGUAUAUUCAUGGAACUAUUUGCCGUCGUCUGUAUUGAAACGUCACAUUACGUGGCAUUUGUGAAGACGGGAUCGGGACCAGAUGCGCCAUGGUGUUUCUUCGACUCAAUGGCUGAUAGAAAAGGUGAAAAGAACGGAUACAAUAUACCUGAAAUGAUAUCCGUUCCGGAGUUACCGCAGUGGUUAUCGGACGAAGGAGCGAAAUCUAUUAAUGAACAUUAUUCAAAGGACAAAGACUUACCUGAACACGCCAAGCGUCUUUUUUGCGACGCCUACAUGUGUAUGUACCAAAGCACGGAAGUUAUGAUGUAUCACUAAAAACACAUUUGUUAGUUUCUAAAAAGAUAUAUAACUUUGAAGUAAUAAAAGUCUAUGAGAAUGAUAAAAA